CCAGCUGAAUGGUCCAUUCAAUAUGGACCAACAAUAUGAUUUCUGAUGUACUGUAUUCUACCUGUUGUUCUCUCUCUCACUCUCUCUCUCUCUCUCUCUCACACACAUAUAUACAUACAUGUACACACAACAUGACACUUCCUUCUCUCACUCUAUAGGAGUCAGACAAGUUUAGUUGUCAUGUAGGAUCUGAGAAGAAAAAAAAUGGGAGAGGUAUGACCAACAUUUCCUGUUGUAGCAAUCAUGCUAGGUCAUUCUUCCUCAACCAAUCACUGCUCAGCAAACAGAGACUGAGACAAGCACACACCCAUUGUUAAGCCACAGUGUGUGAGUGAGAGAGAAGGCAGAAGAAAAGAGUUGCAGAAGAAUUCCACACACUUCCAAUUUUGUGUAAAACUGCACUUAUUGUCAAAACAGAUCUUCACCCUACGUAGGAAAAUAGGAGACACAAAAAAGGGAAAGCAGCCAUACAUAAGGGAAAGCAGCCAUACGUAAGGGAAAGGCAGCAGAGAGAGUGUGUGAGGCAGGUAAGUAAUAGAGAAGGAGUGGAGGAUGGAUGGCUGGUUGAGGGAGGUACAGCAUCGGCCUGUCCUCUAUGUAUUCUACAGCUCACUGGCCUUCAGGCUGCUCCACACACUGCUGAGGUUUCUGCCCAGACCCCAUGCUGUUAACUGUGAUCCAUGGAAGAGUUAUAAAUGGAAGAAUCUCUCUGUAUCACUCGUCCACUCGCUCCUCACUGGCACCUGGGCAAUUUUCUGUGUUUUUCAGUAUCCAGUGAUGGUGUAUGAGAUCCACUCGUCCUUCACUCCUGUCUCAUAUCUGCUUGUCGUCAUCUCAACAGGGUAUUUCAUCCAGGAUGCUGGAGACAUCAUCUUCAGUGGGUACGCACGAGAAUCAUGGGAGUUUCUGCUUCAUCACGUUAUGGUGAUAUGGACCUUCCUGUACGCUGUUCUUACGAGUCACUAUGUGGCCGGGGCUGUGGUGGCUCUGUUUGUCGAAGUGAACAGUGUAUUUCUGCAUUCACGGCUUUUGCUCAAAAUGGCCGACGUAGCCAAAGAUUCGCUCCUCUACACCAUUAACAAGAUUCUCAAUAUCACAACGUACAUCAGCUUUCGUCUGGGAGCGCAGUUCUACCUGACAUGGUAUAUCCUUGUUAACUACUCUUGGUUGGACCAUGCUGGGUAUUUCCUGGCAUCUAUGAUGCUCAUGAACAUCAUGAUCCUCAUUUAUUUCUACCGUCUGCUGCGAGCAGAUUUCUUCUCAAAGCACAGCCAAUCAAACGGUAUCCGCAAAUUUGCCCAGGACUAAAAUGCCACAGGAGGAUAUUCAGAAUACUGAACAUCAGCUGAAGUCACAAAGAGAAGCUCUGAAUUUCACACUGGAGCCUAGUACAAGGUUUUCUGUCCACACGUCUGUUAUACAAUACUCAACACCCAAAACACAAACUCCACAUGUGAACUUUACACGUUGUGUUUUAUAUAAUUUUUACAUGUGGACUUUUCACAUAUAGUGCAUGUUUUUAUUUUUAUCAUCUUGAUCCUGAACUCAAAUUACUGUUUGAGUGGGUUAUCUCCUGGUUUCCUCCCACAAACAUGCCAGUAUGUGGAUUGGCUAUGCUAAAUUGCCCCUAGGUGUGUGUGUGUGACAGGUGGAAUAAUGUGCAUUACAUACUGUAAUUCAGAUCCAGUAGAGGGAGCUCUAAACUGCUGCGGUAUGCUGAAGGGCACGUCGCUUUUCUUCCACUCAUUAUACACGUGAGCUGAGGAAAGUUGUGUCCGUGCAUCUUUUACACUAAUACCUCCCUUUUCAGGUAUGAGUGCUUUAUAAUGACUGUUCAUGGUGGCAUGUGUUUUAGCUGACGGUGUAUAGAUGUCCAAGAAAACAUUUGCAGUACUUUAUAUUUGUUUAUUACGAAGAAUGAAGUAAAUUACCUGACGCUAGUCAUAUUAGCCUUGUUAUGCUAACCGCGCCCUCGCCUGUGCAGUAGCGGUGCACAUCUCAACAGCCGUUUGGCGGAUGCUGUAACACGGUCAAUGUUAUAGUUACGUUGUCAAAAUGUUUAUUACUGAGUGAAUGUGCCGUUAAUGUUGUAUGUAUUUACCACGAGUUGAGACAUGUCUUAAGCGGGAACAUGCUGAUUUGCAGUGUCUUUUGUGGGUUUCUGUGUUUGUUUAUUUUUAUGUUUUCACAUAAUUACUGGGAUUCACAGUUUAAAACAUUAAUGCCAGUGUUAGUGUUUAUUGACAGAAUGGACAUGUUGUCUUACUGUUGGAUGUACAUUUCUCAUUGUGAUAUUUCAGUACGACUUUCUGAUAUUUCUUGCACUUAAGCAAAGUGGUAUUUGUUGUGCUAUUGGUUCCUAUUGUAUUAGAUUGUUAAUGAAUCACUCAUUAUACACGUGAGCUGAGGAAAGUUGUGUCCGUGCAUCUUUUACACUAAUACCCCCCUUUUCAGGGCUUUUACAUGAAUACAGGAUACCCAGCUGCAGAUCAGCAUCUCGUCCAGGGUGAGUCCCCGGCUCAUGCCCAGUGGAGUCCCUGACCAGGAUAAGCUGCUUGCUGAAGAUGACCGAAUGUGAUCACAUAUUAUUCAUGUUAUGUCACAUAGUUACUUGAAUGCAUCUGUGCAUUUUCAGGGUGUAACAUAGAAAAGUGCUCAUUUUGCUCAAAUUUCACGUUUUUCUACAUGCAAUUACAUGAAAUGUGAUUUGUCUUUACGGUAUAACACAGAUUAACUCUAGAAUGAAACAUUAAGAUUCAUGGUGCUGACCUUUUCUUACAUUUAACUACAUAACCUGAGGUUCACAAACUGAACAGUAAAUAUGCAGUGAAAUGGGUAAUUACAAGCUAAUAAAAUUUAAGAGCUGCUCUGAUGUAAUUCUGACUACAAACACAAAUACAUCUCAAAUACAUGGUAAUGGUCUCCAUGUCCUACUUUUACAAAUAAACCUAACUUUGAUAGUGUUCACUUGAUGGAACUGAGAUGAGAGAUGAAAUACAAGUUUCUAUCAUGUCUAUCUUCUCCUUAGCUUUUAACUAUACAUGUCAGUGUAGGUCCAUUAGAUACAACUGAUAAAUCCAGGAAAAGCGCAUUCUGCAAUCCCUCAUAAAAAUAUUUAUGUAUAAUUUAAUCUAUUUUGGUUUUUGUUUUUUUUUUUAAAAAAGGCAUGAAAUUUAUUUGAUCCCAAAUGAGCUUAGUCAAGCAUUUCAAACUGUUAGAAAUCAAGCUUUUCAAAAUUCAUAUUACAUUCUCAUUUUUGAAAGUGUUGAAUUCUCAAAUCUUAGUGACAGCAGAUAUCCAAUUUGAGACCUAAGAGGUUAGAAAGAUUCUGUGUCUGAUCAGAGAACACAUUAAGUAUCUGCUGCCCUCCAGUGAGGUAAUUAAUGUAUGACACCAUAAAAAAGUGAACUACCAAAAAAGAAAAUUCUACAUUUAUGUGCAAGAUCAAAAACCCCAACAACUUUCAUUAAAUGUAAUAUAGGUAACUUUGCCAUUACAGAGAAGAGUUAAGGUGCACUGAAAAAUGAACAAUUAAAUAAUUUAUUCUAGAUAUUAUGAAUUCAGAUUUGUGUUAGGUAUUAUUUUAAUAAGUACUUAUGUGUAUAAAGGAGGCUGCAUUAAUGAGACAACAAAUUCUAAAUAAAAUUAAGAAACUUCAUUAUUGUUCUUUCCUAACCUGCAAAAACAUUGCACACUUGGAGCACUAACUUCCAUUUU